UUCUACUUCCACGGUUCAACCAUUCAUGUCACCAAUUGCAAUAUGCUUAGACUAUUGCUCUUUUCUAUCACCUCCUUCAACUUAGUCUUCCAACCUCUAGGCAGCUGAGUAAAAGAAGGAGAUGGAUGAGGAGAAGGGGAAGGAGGUGGUGGAGAUUUAUGAGGAAACUGCGAAGCAUAGGCGGCCGGCUAAGUCAUUAGACCUCAACGAAGAAGUUGAUGAUGAGAAAGGAAGCAAAGAGGAUGAAGAUAAGGGGAGCACAAGUGAAGUUAUGGGAGGCAGGGAAGUGUAUUGCAGCGAGCAUGGAAGUAGCGAGGACGGUGAAGGUGAUGGAGGGAGGAGAGGGGAGAGAUCGGGGUCUACUGUCAGGCAAUAUGUGAGAUCCAAAAUGCCGAGAUUGAGGUGGACACCAGAGCUUCACUUGUCCUUUGUUCAUGCAGUUGAAAGGCUUGGAGGACAAGAGAGAGCAACGCCAAAGUUGGUGCUUCAGAUGAUGAAUGUGAGGGGGCUUAGUAUUGCACAUGUAAAGAGUCACUUGCAGAUGUAUAGAAGCAAGAAACUUGAUGAUUCCGGGCAAGAAAGAUCCAACAUUUCUACAGCAUUAUCACCAUUUCAUGCACAUCUGAGGAGGGAUCGUUUCCAUGAGAUGUAUUAUCAAAGACCUGGUUCAUACCAGCCCUUCAAAAUGGAGAGAGGGAGCCUCUUUCGAUCUGGAAACAUUCAUGAGGCUGACUGGUUUUAUAAGGUUUUGCAGAAAUCACAGUCCCAAACUCCCUUAUCAGAUUUCAAGAACACCAGCUUCAGAAACCAUGAAUGGGUUUUCAACCAGCACAUGGCAGCAAAAAGUAAUUCAAUCAAGGACCAGCAGGGCCAUACCAACGGAUUAAUAAAUGACAUGAAAUUUAAUAAAGAAGGGAAGCCAUCAACAUCUCAUCUAUAUGAUGUGAGGGAUGUGUUCUCAGCUAAUGAGAUAUCAAGGAAGCCUCAGAAGCUCCAAGAGGAGAGACAAUGGCAACUGGGAAGGAGUACAGUUUUUGAGCAUUCCAUUAAUUCAUCCAUUAGUAACUCAAGUUUUGGGAAGAGAGUAAUUAACUGCAGCAUUAACCAGUCUUCCCUUCGUGAUCCUUCUUCCAUUAAAUCUGGAUAUGAGACUCAGAAGAUUCAGUCUCCAAUUCAUCAAGCUGAGUUGACAAAGCUAGAAUUUCUAGAGCGGAAGGAGUGUGCCAGAGAUAACAAGAGAUUGCGGCUGACCAUGGACGAAAAUGAGAAUAUGCCAGAUUUGCAGCUAAGCUUGAGCACAAGCUCCGUGGAAAAUGGAUUUGAGGCCAAAAGAAGCUCUGAAGCAGGUGUAGACAGUGAGCUCUCACUUUCUCUUUCCCCAUAUAUUUCAACUGAAAAUGACAAGAUCUUCAAAAUGCAAGACAAAAUAAUGAACUCCGAGAUUGAUUUCUUCAAGCUGAGUAGCAGUAAUAAAUCCAGCCUAAGGAUAAGUACUUUAGAUCUCACCAUGUCAAUCAACUAGGCAUUGGAGUGAGAUCUUUCAAGUACUUGCCCCAAGGCCUUAAUUAUUUUUUAGGAAACUAAUUAUGUUUAGCUAUGUAACCAUCGAAUAAGGCUUAAUCAUGUUCUUGUUUGAUGCAUUUUAGAGGAUAGUAGUAGCCUGAUUUAUUCAUGUUAGGUGUCAGGGUUACUAAAAUCAUCUGAAAUAUUAGAGUCAUGUAAUGUCAUCAGUACCAGUAGGAAGCCGUUUUGUGGACCUAUAAUCAUAUUGGAUUAGUUUUCU